AUGGAAGUCGACUACCCCGAGGAACACUCUCAGUACUCUUCCACGGUUACAGAGAGACGAGGGAUCACUUUCAAGCAGAUUCCCCUCUCUUCCUCCCCUUACGCGAGUCAGCUCUCUCUUUCGGCCGCGCUCGCUCUGGAUCCCACUCCACAUGGACGCGCUACUCAUACACCGUUAAAACGCAAAGUUUCCGAGCCGUGUCUCCCCCAGGGUCAGCCCAAGGCCUCGGGCUCGAAGUCUCAUAUCUUUGACAUGAGGAGCGCCUUUUCGUUAACGGGCGGAGGAGUCGCUCUUCGUGCACCAGCUCCUCCUGCCGUUCCUGUUUCGCUGGGAGUAUUUGGGACCAGAACUUCGAGCCCUCGUUCUCCGCCAAGGAGAACCCCGGGACGAAGCACAACCAAAGGAAGCGCCAACAGCAGCAUGGGUGUGAAGGGACGGAGUCUGUCAGUUUCGACGUCACCUUCUGGAAAGAAGAAGAGCUCGCCGCUGAGCAUCCGAACGAGCCGCACUAUAUCUGGACAAGGAACUCCGUCACCCAAGAGGAAACGGACGACGGCUGGCAAGAUGUUCGGCAUCGACGGAGUGAAGGGGAGAGUCAAGCAGAUCGUUGGGAAGAAGUGGAAGGGAGAGAUGAACGAGGAGUAUUCGGACGGCAUGCAAGAACCGUUGAUCGACUCGAACAGUUCAAGCCUCCCGGAGCCGCAAGGGAGAGCAGGGUCUGAGCGUCCGGUGACGGUGACGACCAUGCAGGGCGAGAACAACUCGGACGAUGACCCAGUUCAGGAAAUACAAGUGCCGCAAAGGUUGGCUCUUAACGGCAUGUGCACGGACGGCGGGGAACCACUCAGUGGCAAAAGCCUCGAUAGUAUGAGCACCGAGCCUUCGACCCCGAUGAGUCUCUUGGAAGGCACCAUCAUGCAGGCUGAGCGCGCCUACAGUGCGCGAGCGACGCUGGUCAUGUUCCCUGCCGCAAAUUCGCAUAUAUCUCCGUAUAUGACCAGGAGUGUGGAGGAACUAUUCGUGGAAAAGGCAGAACUGCAAGAAGGUUCUUCAAGGACGCAAUCGCGGAUGAGCGUUGAGGUCGACAUUCCGAUGCAAUCACCGUCGAGCCCAGUUGUACCCAUUACGCCCAACAGGGAGGAACAAGCAGUAGCGAGGAAGAACAAGUUGGUCAAACUCUUCGGAGAAGGGUCGGAAGAGGCGGUGGCUAACAUGAGCUACAAGGAGAGGGUAGGUGGGCAAACGCAAAAUCAGAGCACAUCUUCUUGA